AUGGCUGAGGCCAGUAUCUCAGUGGAUCAGGACCAGUUCAGCUGUCCCAUAUGUUUGGAUCUACUGAAGGAUCCGGUGACUAUUCCUUGUGGACACAGUUUCUGUAUGGACUGUAUUAAGGGCUGCUGGGAUCAGAAUGAUCAUACUGGUGUCUACAGCUGUCCCCAGUGCAGACAGACCUUCACUCCAAGGCCUGUUCUGGGCAGAAACACCAUGCUGGCUGACGUGGUGGAGAAACUGAAGAAGACAGGACUCCAAGCUGCUCCUCCUGCUCACUGUUACGCUGGACCUGGAGAUGUGGCGUGUGAUGUCUGCACUGGGAGAAAGCGCAAAGCCAUCAAGUCCUGUCUGGUGUGUCUGGCCUCUUACUGUGAAACUCACCUCCAGCCUCACUAUGAAUCUCCGGCCUUUAAGAAGCACAAACUGGUCAAAGCCACUGGAAACCUGCAGGAGAAGAUCUGCUCUCAUCAUGACAAACUGCUGGAGGUUUACUGUCGUACUGAUCAGCAGGGUAUCUGUUAUCUGUGUACGAUGGAUGAACACAGAGGCCAUGAUACAGUCUCAGCUGCAGCAGGAAGGACUGAGAAACAGAAGCAGCUGGGGGCGACACGGAAUAAAUUCCAGCAGAAAAUCCAGGAGAGAGAGAAGGAGCUGCAGGAUCUGCGACAGGCUGUGCAGUCACUCAAGCGCUCUGCACAGGCAGCAGUGGAGGACAGCGAGAGGAUCUUUACUGACCUGAUCCGCUCCAUUGAGAGAAGGCGCUCUGAGGUGAAAGAGCUGAUCAGAGAUCAGGAGAAGGCUGAAGUGAGUCGGGCUGAAGGACUCCUGGAGCGACUGGAGCAGGAGAUUGCUGAGCUGAGGAGGAGAGAUGCUGAGCUGGAGCAGCUUUCACACACAGAGGAUCACAUCCAUUUCCUCCAGAGCUGUCAGCCUCUCUGUGUCCCUCCUGGACCUGAUGACUUGCCCAGCAUCACUGUCAGUCCACACAUCUCUUUUGAAGCUGUGAGAAAAUCUGUCUCUGAACUAAAAGAGCAACUGGAGGAUUUCUGCAAGGUGGAAUUGGUCAAAAUUUCUGAAUCAGAAAGUCCAGUGAAAGAAGUCCAUGCUGUAGAGCCCAGGACCAGAGAUGAUUUCUUACAGUAUUCCUGUCACCUCACUCUGGACCCCAACACUGUGAAUCAAUGCCUUCGUCUGUCUGAGGGGAACAGAAAGGUGACCCGUGUGGAAAAGAUCCAGUCAUAUCCUGGUCAUCCAGAGAGAUUUGAGCACUGGGCCCAAGUGCUGUGCGGAGAGGGUCUGUCUGGACGCUGUUACUGGGAGGCUGAGUGGAGUGGGAAUGGGGUUUAUAUAGCAGUGUCAUAUAAAGAGAUCAGCAGGAAAGGGCGGGGUUAUGACUGUGGUCUGGGAUGUAAUGAGAAGUCCUGGAGUUUGCGCCGCGCUCCCGCUGGUUACACUUUCCAGCACAAUGCUGUGAGCACUGAAAUCCCUGUUCCCCGCUCCUCCAGAGUAGGAGUGUACCUGGAUCACAGAGCAGGAACUCUGUCCUUCUACAGCGUCUCUGACACAAUGACCCUCCUGCACAGAGUCCAGACCACAUUCACUCAGCCCCUCUAUCCUGGGUUUUGGGUUUCUUUUGGAUCCUCUGUAAAACUGUGUGAUCUGGGAUGAGGCAGAGGGAAGAUCAGAUGUAAUCAGAGUGAGAGAAAAACACAUUCCUCCAAACUCGUCCUGACAUAAUCGACAGUCCCAGAUAUUCCACUGGACUGCAGGAGGAUGUGACACCAAGUGGACAGGUCCACAAACACUACUGCCCAUUCCAAAGAAAAAAACCUGAAAAUCUGGGUUCAAAAACUGAAGAGAGGUACAACUGGAAUAAGACGGUAAAUAUGUGGGUUUAGAAAAUAGGAUCCUCUGCUUUCAUUUCUGCUUCUUCCACACGGGAAUUUUAUAAAUGCUUUGUAAUGAUCACACUGUUUGUAGAAAGUCCUUCUGUAGUUUAUGUUCAGGUGUCCUUCGUACCAAUGUGACGCUGGCCUGCCUUAAAAUAGGAUGGGUUAUUGUAAUGUCUUUAAGAAGCGGAUUUCAGUACAGAGUAGAAGUGCUAUGAUUCAAAUAAGUUAUAAAUGUAUCAUGUAUGUUUUGUUGGGCGUUGUUCUGUAAGACUUUUUGACCUUCAAUAAAAACUCCUUUACAAACCCUGCACUGCCCAGACCACAAUCUCUGAGGGGAGAGAGAGAAAUUUAUAAUUCGUUCUCAGAGUCUCUCUACCCUGGCUUUUUAGCGAGGUAAGAAACAUAUGUUUUAUUCUCUCCCCUCUUACUGCUUGACCCCUCACUGUGGGGGUCCAGCAUUCAGGCCCGUACUGUUCUCUUGGUGUACCCCACAAAUGCACUCGCCCACUCGUCAAGAAUAUGGUGAAGGAUGACUCAUCUGACCAUGUCACUUUUUUCGUCAUCUUUGUAGACCAGUGCCUGUGGUUUUUACACCACUGAACUUUCAAAUGUGCAUCCGCCUUUGUAACGAGGGGUUCAUGCACUGCAGCCCUACCAUAAAACCCCUCUCUUUGUAGUGGUCGACGGACUGCUCUUACUGACAUAAGUCUGAUCACGUUCUGCAUUUAAACUCUCAGUUACCUGAGUGAUAAUGAACCCUCUUUCAAAGUCACAUAUAUCUUUUCCUCCUGCCAUCUUGAUCCAGAAUCGAGGUGGACUGGACCUGCCCAGCAUUUUUAUGCAUGCCACAGAGCAUGAUCGGAUGUUAAUUGCUGAAUUGUAUCAUGCAGUGCACCUGUACGGAAGCAUCUGCAUUCGUUAUGUUUCUCCACUCAUUCAUUCAGGGUUUUCUUUAAAAUAGUCUCCUAGGGCCGUCUGGGUAGUGUAGAGGUACAAGCACUCGCCUACCACCGCAGAUACCCGGGUUCAAUCCCCAGCAGCAGUAUUUCCGGCUUGGUCAGAUGUUCCUACGAACGUCUUGGCAGCGUUCAUGGGCGGGAAGGGUAAGGGUAUGUAUCCUGAUCGUUGCAUUAGCGACUCCUACUAUUACUAUCUGUGUAUUUCUUGUUCUUUUUUCUUUUCUUCUCUUUUUUUGUUUCCUCAAAUAGUUUCCAACACACUUUCUGCAUGCCCUUAAAACUUAUUAAAAAGUGCAUGUGCUGGGGACAUUGCACCAGGGUGGCAGUGUAGUAUAAUGGGUCAGGAAGUGGUCUUAUAAUGUAAAACUCACAGGUUCGAUUCCCGGGUAGGACACUGCCGUUGUCCUUUGAGCAAGGUACUUAACCUGCAUUGCUUCAGUGUAUAUUCAGCUGUAUAAAUGGAUGCAAUGUAAACCCAAUGUAAAAAAAAUAAAUACAUUUCUGGGUAGGAGCGUCUGCUAAAUGCUAAAUGAUCCAACCAACAGGUUACAGUUUUAGCCAUAGCAUACCCCAAAACUGGCAUUGUUGUCUAGCCUUAAGAUCACCAUUUUACUACGCUGCUGAACUCGCAAUUAGCCAAAGCUUAUAGCAUCAGGGUGGUUAGCCUCUUCUAAACCAGGACUGUCACGAUAAUGAAAUUUGGCUUCACCGUUUGGCGGUGGUUUGGCGGUGGUUACUGUCACUGCUCUCCUGCUCCGCUCGCCUGGUUUUGUCGACUGAUUCCUGGACGGGAGUCAGGGGGACGGAGCUGCACGAGCUGUCUUAAAAUUAGCCACAUCUGUGCAGAGCGUGGUGUCCUAUUCAACUCUCUAUUUAGCUCCUGUUUAACUCUCUAUAUAACUCUCUAACUCUCCAUUCAACUUUCUAUUUAACUGUUUAUUUCUCUAACUCUCUAUUUAACUCUCUAACUCUUCAUAUAACUCUCUAUUUAACUCUCUAACUCUCUAUUCAACUCUCUGUUUAACUCUCCAACUCUCCAUCUAACUCUCCAACUCUCUAUUUAACUCUCUAACUCUCCAUCUAACUCUCCAACUCUCUAUUUAUCUCUCUUCCAUUCUCGCACGACUUUGUUUUCUUGCCUUCCCUCCCAGGCCCUGAGCACUCAGCAGGAUUGCUGAGUCAGCUGGAUGACUGCACUGAGUAAAACCCGGAGCCCUCCCAAAUCUGGAACACGGACUGCAGUAAACAGAGCCGUUCCAGGUUUUACUCGGGGCAGUAAUCCAGGUGACUCCGUAAUCCUGCUUUGAUAAACAGGGCCCAGGUAUGUUGGUUGUAUUCGAGCUGUCGCAUAUUCCAACAUUUGCCAUGAUACUUCUUAUUCAUCCCUUUGCAUUCAUACACAACUGACAGCCCACGGACCUCACGCCUCAUGUUUUCCCUUCAUUUUGUAUGUUUUCAUUGAAUUAAAUGAAUGAAUAUUUCCCUCCAUAAUUUCCCCAUGUGGUCUCCCUCUUUUUUUGUGGCCUUACAAGCCAGGUUGUGACAUUACAGAUUAAAUGUAUCUGUCUAGAGACACAUAAAAGUUAGUUUACAAACCAAUAUGACUGGUAUUCUUGUGUGUGUGUACAAGUGCAUGUGUGUCUGUGUGUGUCUGGCAGUGUGCCUCAAUCACCCCUCUUAUAGGACUGGCGAUAUUAUUUCUCGUAAAUAAAAUCAUGGCUUUAUUUAUCUUGUCUAAAAAUAACCGCAUCAAAAACAGACUUUUUUUUACAGACAAGUUUUUACAGACCUCGCGCUACGGCAAAGGGUGUUCCUUCCAUGCAGCUCACUGCUGCCCUCUGGUGGAUACGGGGAUAAAUGUACCAGUAGAUGAGACAAAUUGAAACAUCCAGGUGUGCUUCUGGGACUCCUCCUGAGCCACCGACAUAUCUGAAGUCUCACUGAGCUUCCACGCGCUUAAUUGUUUUUUGUGCCCAGAUAUCGUGUCCUCACUUGGAAGCUGUCAUGGGACAAGAAAUGACUCAUGUGGCCAACGCCUCUGGCGGACCCCUGCAAGUGUUCUACAGCACUGACAAGAUGACUCUGGAGGAGAUCGAGAUCGUCUACGGGACAAGAGUUGGUGGCUCCAGCUCAUCAUCGUCCACUGAAACCAGGAUGCAACUGAAACGCGACACCCGCAUCCGCUACAUACGCAUCCCGACCAGGGACUUUGGCAAGAUCCUGGGUGAGGGAAACAUCUAUGUCACCGUGUUCGUGGAGAACCGCUCCUAUGACGAUGAUGACUGCGGGAUGAUCUCCGAGAACUUCUUCAUCCCCAGCGACAGGUCCUUCAUCGUCACCGCAAACCACAACAUCAAGUUCCAGAAGUAUGGAGCCAACAUUUGGGAGGACGAGCAAGGCUACAACCACAGGAAAUAGCAUUCCACAGGCCGUCAUCAAAUGGUUUCAUUUUAAAUUUGAAGAAGGGUUUAAAUGAUUUAGAAACCUUUUGAGAAGGUUUCUUUGUUAAAAAACAAAUAAAUUACAUUUAAUUCC